UUUGCGUACGGACUCACACGAAGGAUUUCGCCGAAAGGUGAGACGUGCGAGUUAUUACUGCCAAAUGUUAAAAUAAACGUUAAAAAAACACUUCGAGGUGAAACUGGGAAAUAGCAAGUUCGGGACCAUUCAUCGAAAUGGAGGAGACCGCGGAAGCGGAGAGAUCGGAAAUCGCGGGCGCUUCGGGUGCAACCCCUGGCAGUACGGCAGUUCUGGACCUGCAGCACGAGUGCAAACUCGUGUGCGUGGAGUAUCCGGGAUUUGUCAACAAUGUGGACAAGAUGCUGGAGACGGUUGGGGGUGAGAAAGGGGUGUCCAAGACCUAUGCUGAUCCUGCCCGGCGGCUGGAGCUGAACUACCGGCCGCGGGACCCGUACAGUCACCCGCUCUGCGGGAACCGCUUCCCCUCCACCAGCCUGCUGCUGCGAGUGCGGCGGCGGCGGCGCAGGGGAAGCGGCGCAGACGCGCGGGUCGAUAUGGAGGUCGUGGGACAUAUUGGGACGACCUACAAAUUCCAGGGUAUGGGGGACUUUCAGUACCUUGCAGUUCACACAGAGGCAGACGGCACACAAACGUCCCUGUACGACAAAAUCCUGCUACGCCAACCCGAGAACAAAGAGUUUUUCGACAAAGACGUGCCCCUGUACAUCCCCCCACCCAUCUUCUCCCGCCUGGAUAAUCCCGUGGACUACUACUACCGUCCCGAGGUGCAGCACAGAGAAGGCUACGCCUCUCCGAUGGUGUCCAGUGAGAACCUGAUUGGGCUGAGCCGUGCCCGCCGCUCCCACAAUGCCAUCUUCGUCAAUUUCGAUGAGAAGGAGGUGCCUCAGGAGCCCCUGGAGGCGGCGGUGCGGAACUGGAAGCGUGUGUGUGUGCACCCGAGUGAGACCAAAGCCGAGGAGGAAAUGAGACAGAUGUUUGAGAGGAGACCCGUCUGGUCCCGCAACGCGGUCAAGGCCAACCUGGACAUCCACCCAGACAAGCUGAAGCUCCUCCUGCCGUACAUGGCGUAUUACAUGCUGACCGGACCGUGGAGGAGCUUGUGGGUGAGGUUCGGCUACGACCCAAGGAAGAGGCCAGAGGCCAAGGCCUACCAGGUGCUGGACUUCCGGAUCCGCUGCGGGAUGAAGCACGGUUACACUCCCAAUGAACUGCCUGUGAAAGCCAAGCGGAGCACUUACAACUACAGCUUACCCACCACUGUCAACAAGGCCGUGCCCCAGGCCGCAAGCGUGCGAGAGAUCACCCAGGAGGCUGGGACGUCGGGGCGAAAGCCUGCCCCCCCUAGGUACAAGCUGAAAGAAUCUUCCUACAUAUUCCGGGAGGGAACGCUGCCUCCGUACAGACAGAUGUUUUAUCAGCUCUGUGACUUGGAUGUGGAGAGCAUUAAGAAGAUAAUCCAGCGGAAUGACGGCUCGGAGGAGGAGUGUAACGAGCGGGACGGCUGGUGUCUGCCCAGGACAGCGGACGAGCUGAGGGACAUCAUGUGCAGCAUGAUAAAGCAAACGAUCCGCUCCUCGAGACCAGCUCUGUUUCCCAGUAAGCCCCAGCAUGCAGCACGGGGCCGCGCUGCCCUGGACCAGGACAGUGACGACGAGGAGGAGGAAGAAGAGGAGGAGGAAGAUGAGGAAGAAUUUCAGCCAUCUGAAGGGAGCGACAACGAGAUGGAGACAGAGAUCCUGGACUACAUGUGAAUCCCGAAAAAACAUCAUCUUCAGCAAAACCGGGCUGCAGCAUUUCAGUAUCUCUGUCAAUCACUGUUUCAGCUGAUGAGUUUUCUGUUUUUGGAAAAUAGAAAUGCAGCAAUUCUUUUCUACUUUUUCCAUUUCUGCUGUGGUAGAAA